GGAGAAUAUUAAAUAAAAGAAAACUACGUAAAAUGUUGAAAAUUAAAAGUGCACCAUGUAUAUUCCAUAUAACAUGAUAUAGGAGAAAGAGGAAGAAGACAUUGGAGGAUUUGCAGCAAGGCAAAGUAAAAAUCUGACCUACAGAGGUCAUAAAUUUGUCCAAUGUUUCUAUGAAAAAUAUCUCUUGAUCCUUAUGAUGUAAUCUCGUAUACGUGUAGGAAAAGCUGUUGAAGCCGUUGUGGACGCCCCUUAGGGGCUCCGCGGAUACCGCCUGGACUCCCGAAGUGACCUCCUCGGAGCCCAUGUAAAUAGCCUCUGUUGACGAGAGCCGACCUCCCAUAAUCCUCUUGACUUCCGGCAACGUCACUUUGACUUCCGAUAGUGCUUAGCAACAGGGAAACACCGAGAAAGAACAUCAACAUCUUGAGAAAUCGGGCGCGAAGGCGUGAAACUUUGCACGAGCUUUUCUACCAAACCAUCUGCUAAAAGAAGCGGGAUGGUUGGGAUCAAAUGUGCAACAACAUUGUGACAUUUAUCGUGCUGUGAAGGAUCUUGGAGACACGUUGGAGACAAGUGGGCGAAUAAACACAAGAAAACAUGGCGGCGGCGGCGACUGCUACUCAAGGUUUGAACAGAACGACUGCAAGGAUGCCGAAAACGCCCAUCCCUAUCGUAAACCACAUCAUCCCGGACGAGGCAGUGGGGAUACAGAAGGUGGUGCCCCGAUCUUCAGACCUGGCAAGGGUUGUCAAGCUCCUUACAGACCCCUACUCCGAGAACUUGAUUGAGAGACACCUACAUGCCCUAACCAAGUUGGCAGCCAAGUAUCAUAGGGGGUUUCUAAUGCGCGACCUUGUUCUAGUGUUCAAAGUUCUGAACGUGUGUGCAGACAGGAUUCCCAUCGAUCCAAGUUACGUGGAGCCAAUGUGCCAGCUGCUACAGAUCUGCAGCUAUCCAUUCCUGAAGGAGAAGACCUCGGAUGAGACUGCAUACGCACAGAUCGUGGUGGAGUCCAUCUCUCAAAUGGGUUACCUCAUGAGGGUCCCCAACAAUAAAAUCAGAGUUCAGCUUUGUCAGUCUCUUGUCAGCUUCUACUGUGAUGCAGAUAAGUAUGCCAAAUCACCUCUAGAAGGCCUGAAACCAAGCACAAAAGAGUACAAUAUCAAAGUCGUGGAGAAAAGUGACGUGGCAGAAACACUCGUGAAGUCUCUUGCUCUCCUGGAGAGUGAUCUUGAGGUCAAGUUGAAUGUCCUGAAGGUCCUGCAGUGCUUCUCGGUCAACUCAGACUCCAACUGUGACCAGAUGCUGAGUGCAGAGGCUGCCUACAGGAUCUGUUCUCGACUGAACGAUCCAGACCCAUCAGGACAGCUGAUGUUCAGGUGUACAGAGUGUCUGUGGAACCUUGUGGAGAGAGGAGAUAACCAGGCUGUAAAACGUCAGCUCAACAACCUGACCUGUACCUCCAGCCUGAGGGACGCCUUCUGUCAGCAGCUCACCAAGGGACACAGCCACUACGAUCGCCAGCUCAGAAAUGACCUGCUAGUGCUGGCCACGCUUGUAGCCCAAAGCAAGGACACCCACUUCAUUGAGACAGGAUAUGCCAAGGAACUUGUCUUGUUCACCACCUUCUCCGAAGUGAAGAGUCACAACCCCUUGGUGAGGAAUCUGAAGCUGGAAACCAACCACGAGGACUUUGAGUUGAAGAAGCUCCUGAUGAACAUCAUGGUUCUCCUCAGUAGGGAUUCAGCCUUCAUCCCCAUCAUGUCGGAGGGAAGGCUCCUCCUGGCGCUCUUCCAUUACAUCAAGGGGAACGAGAGCCAGCUGGGCCCGCGGGACUGGAGCCCUGCACAGUUUGAAGAGCUGCAGCUGCAGGCCAUGGCGACCCUGUGUACUGUCGGGCCGCUGAUGAUCGAAGACUACAUGACGUGCCAGGGGAACACCAGGCUCCUCCUCCUCCUGGAGUGGUGCGUGGGGACGGAGGAUUUUGGUGGCCAUGGUAACAGCUUCCACGGUACGGGUGGACGUGGGAACAAGCGUGCUCAGAUGCGCCACUGCCUGCGGCUGCUGCGGAGCAUGGUGUCUGUCGGGGACGAAACGAUCCACCAAGACCUCUGCGACCAAGGAGCAAUGAGCCUCCUGCUAAACAUCCUGUCCACUGCAUGCCAACACAUGGAUGAAGAUGACACCAUCGAUGUGGAGAUGCAGUGUGACAUGCUGUUCAUCGUGUCAGCUCUCUGCGAAGGAGACAUGCACAGGAAAGAACUGUUCGGGUCCCAGGGUGUCAACAUCGUGGUGCAGUACCUCAAGACUGAUCCUGAGAAACUGAACAGUGGCCUGGGCCAUAACAGACUGCUGCUAGCAACAGUGGACUGUGCUUGGUGUGCCAUCAUUGGGUCCUUCCAGACAGAGGACCUUUUCCUUGAGAAGGAGGGAGUUUUCCUUCUUUAUGACCUGUUAGAAGUCUGCCCAAAGAACAUGCAGAAUGUGGUCCUUGGUUGUAUAUUGGAUCUGUGUGAGAACCCAAAGACCAUGGUACACAUCAACACGUGGCGAGGGAAGAAAGACCGCUCUGCUCCAAACCUGCUGAUAGAGAUCUGGAGGACUGAGGAGUCUGAGAUGGGGGUGAGAAGAGGGCCAGACGGAAUCAUAGUGGACGUCACACAGCCUCUAGCCGGGACCUUACAGGAACAACAAGGCGUAAUCCCUCUGCCAGCUAACUGUCCCAGUCAGGCCAUCGUGGAUGUGUCGGAGAACAUGCGAGCCAAGCUGUACGCCCUCUUCUGCAAGAUUGGGUUCAACGACCUGCCGGGCAUGUCCACGGAGGACUACGUCACGCUGGCGGUGAUCGAGAGGUACCUGGACUUCAAGGUGGGGGAGGUGUGGAAGGAGAUCAGAAGCGAGCUGGACCAGGAAGGGAUCCAGCCCACCACUGCUGACCACAACGCCGUUGAGACCAUCACACGCGCCGCUGAUGAGAGAGCCAAGGCUGUGGCCCAGACUCAGAUGGACUUGUUGGACAACCAGCAGCAGCAGGACCUAAUGGAUGAACAAGAGAUGUAUGCCAAGGUGCGAGACAACCACAGGCAGAGGGAGAAGGCCAUCGCCAGCUGGGAGCACUUCGUAGCCAGAACCUCCAACUACCAUGUGCUGAAGGAAGCCAAGAUGAAGCAAGAGAUGUCCAUAGAGGCUUCUCGCAUCCAGACUAGGCACCAGAAGGAGGUAAAGUUCCACCACACAGAAGUACAGAACCUGAACACCACCACGUUCUGUGGCCGCAGUGUGCAGGUGAACAGCACCCCUGUGGAGCUGACAGGCGCACGGCUCAAGCCCUACAACAUCCAAAGGGACAUGCAGAAGGCAGUCACUCUCAGUGACAGUACCACCAUCAUUUCAUAGACGUAUCAUCAAAAUCAUUCUUGGUGCCAUUUUUCACAAAACACCAUAUACUGUAUGGCUGCCAGUGUUUUGAACUACAGUGUAGUAAUUUCUUCCCUUUGGGAGAAGUGCUCUUGUUUUUUUGCACAGUGAUUUGAUUAUCUGUGUCUGAUUUGAUUGACUGUUGAAAUCUUGCUCUGCGCAAGAGCACGCUAACUGAAUUUUGCAAUUAGGCAAGGGAAUGUUAUCUGGAAAUAAAAGGAAAAAUUUGAAAUUACUGGCUAGAUGUAUGACAUACAGUCAUAAAGUGCUGCACAUGCAUAAAAUUUGUAUAUAUUUGAUUUGUUAGACUAUGUGUGCUGGGAGAAUGUUUGCUGAAAUCAAACUUUAUCACUAAAUGUUUCAACUUCUACAUUAUUCACAUAUUAUAACUCAAAAUGUACAAUUUUUCUACAUGCUGUUAAGUAUUUCCAAUACAUUUAAUAGCUUAGAAGGGAUACCCAAGAAAUUGUCAGAUAAACCAUUUUCAAAUGCACUGUUAAUGGUGAAAGAGCAAUUUUCCUUUUGUGUACAUUCAAUAAAAUUUGCAGUGCUUUGAUCA